AUGGCUAAUACGAGUAAUAGUGACGAUGAAGAUGCAACAAUAUUGGACGAAGAAUCUGUAUCUAAAGUUACAAUUGAACCUGCAGGUACACCAGAGUCUAUUCCUGAUCAAGAAGCAACUCCAGGUCAUCAUGACUCUCCAUUGGACCGUGCAGUGCGCAAUUUCAAACCUACGAAUAUCAAGGCGUUGAUUGAAGAAAUUAUUAUACAAUACCAGAAACCUCACGCUAUGCUCACAAUAAUGGUUCAGUCUUCACAACGCUCAAGAAAUGACAGUUGUGCCUGUAUCAAGAUUCGAAGAAAUAAGAAGAAAUUUUAA